UGCACAUAAAUUCCACUCAAGAAUUAAGGUCAAGUCAAGUCAACUAAAUCUGAGCCUCGAAAAUCGAGAAUGAAACUUGCUUCUCUCGAGAAAGAGAACACAAACGCGCUUUUGUUCAUUCACUCACUCACACAGAGACAUGAAUUCCCAUUGCUUCUUACGUUUCCCUUUAUCAUGUUUUCUUCUCUUCGCUUUCGCCCCAUGUUGUUUUUCACACCCUUCUCUCCUUGGCGUACACCCAUUAGAUGAGAAAUAUUACAGCUCUGAGGUGAUCAAGUGCAAGGAUGGAUCAAAAUACUUCACCAGAGACCGUCUUAAUGACAAUUUCUGUGACUGCCCUGAUGGCACUGAUGAACCUGGGACUUCAGCUUGCCCUGCCGCAAAGUUUUACUGCAGAAACCUUGGUAGCAAACCACAGUUCAUAGUUUCUUCUCAUGUUAAUGAUCAUUUUUGUGAUUGUUGUGACGGAAGUGAUGAACAUGAUGGAAUCAUUUGUUGCCCAAACACAUGUGUCAUGGGUGGAAAUGCAGAGUCGAAAAUUAGCUUUUGCAAAUCAAAUAAAAAAGAAGUGAAGUCGGAGGAAUCAGUUCAUAACGUUACUGGUUUGAAGUUGGUGUUUAUUCUACAAAUGGUUCUGCUUAUUUUUCUGGUAUUUCUCUGGAGUCUUCGAUGCCGCACCAGAUCUAGAAAGAGACUUUCCCAUUGAAUUAAAAAGAGAUCUUGCUGUUUACCUGACAUUAUACAGGAGUAACUGAACUAGAAAGGCUUUGAUUAGAUCGACAAUGCGCCAUAGAAAUUUCAUCUUCAUUUCUGCAGUUCCAUGGAACAAUGUCCUUCAAUUAGUCCAUGGUCAUUUUAUAAGAACUAUAGCGGAGAACAAUGAGAACAACAGCACCUCACUUUUUCAUCUCCUUGAAAUCCUGCCAAAUUUCAGAUCUUUUUUCUUUCUGAAUUUGGAUUCUCUGAUGGAUUGUUGUGUGUUGUUCCUUUAAAACGCAUACUGAUUUUGAUGUUUUAAAAUAUAUUAAAAGGAUUUUUAAAGUGCCAACAUUAGUGUAUUGUUGAUGCUCAGAAAAGGAAAACAAAAUCAGUAGAAAAUCUGAACUCAUUUCUUUUUUUUUAUUUCAUCGCAAAUCAAGAAUACAAACCAUUGAUGAAAUGCUGCAAUCAUUGAUAAUUCUGAGACCUCUCAAGUCUUAUGUGUUCUUGCUUUCACUCUCCAAAGGUCCCUUCCCCAUUUCUGACUCUUUCUAUCUGACAAAGGACUCAAUGUAAUGUUCUGGUUGCAUCAGAUUCCUUAAAUCCAAGUUCUCCUCUCAUCUACUUGGUUAGAAGAUUGAAGCAGCAAUGCCUGUCUCAGAAAUUUUUGUGAGAAAAAUUUUACUUGAGGUGCAAUGAAAUGGACUUGUAAUUUAUCUACUACCAAGUCAUUGUGAGUUGGUGGAUGCAGAGCAUGGGUUAAAAUGCAGUUUGCAAAUUCAGUUCUUUCUAGGUCAGAAAAUUGAAUGAAGCAAAAUGGUGAAACAUGGAUCCACUACAGAACAAGGAUUACUAGUGAAAUUGUUGGCAGCCCAUAAUCAAAUAGGAAUAGAGAAAGUUGUGAGGUUAUUGAUUUCUGGGGAACAUUUUUUUGGCUGUUAGAUUUGAAGAUUAUACUAUGUAGUGAUUGAAUAGCAGUAUUAUGGUUGCGCAAAAACUGUCAUGCACUAUUUGUUUCACAUAGCCACAUAGAAAAGAUUACACGUCACAUUGAUUA